UACGAUAGAAGUAUAGAACUACGCUUCCUAUUUCUGGGUCAAAUCAAAGGCUUGUCGUGAAGGGAAACACCUCCGUUUGCCCCUUAACUUUUCUACUGUUACAAGUUUCUCCUUUAAAGUCAUUAUCUUUUUAUUGUCGUUGGAAGUAAAUCUUCAUUUUUUCUGCAGCUUAUGUGUGUUGAAGUUUCAUGGAUGUUAGUCUUGGGAAGAUAAAGGUUAUCCUGAAUCACUUUAAUGCCUCAACAACCAGCUUGGGUUCUCAUCAAAACAGAAGUUCAUCUGUUUCACAACCACCAUCGGAUAAUUCUUUUAGGUAUCGUAACUGGACUCGAAGGAGUGCUGCAUUCAUGUUGAACUUGUUUCCUGUACAAGGGUUGCCAUGGGGCUCUAGCAGUGAUAGUCAGAAAAAGGUUGAGCUAUCUGCUGCUGAAGUAGAAUCACUUAGAUCAGAACUCGCUGAUUUAGAGGAGAGGGAAAGUCACUUGAAAGCUCAGUUGGAACAUGUUGAUGAAAUUUUGCUGUCUGCUCGCCUGUCUGGUUAUUUGUUCAUUCGAACUAGGUGGACAGCUCUACCAGGAGAACCUCCCCCUUUAGAUGAUACUGACGUUGAUGAUUGGCUUCCUCGCUUUGUUGUCCUUCACGGACCAUGUAUAUUCUUCUAUUUAUUGUCUACAGAUCUGAGCCCUCAAGAUUCCACCCUUCUAUCCGACAUUGUUGAAGUAGGUCCCCUUCCAAGCUUUACGCGAGAAGAUGAGGAGACACGUUAUGCCUUUUUUAUGCUAACUCGUCAAGAACUGAGAUAUGAGUGCUCAAGUAUUUCCAAGAUUCAGGUGGAAUCUUGGUUGUCAGUACUACAAACUGACUGUAAAUUGGGUUCUGAUACAACAAUCUUCCGUUCGGCUUCCAGAGCCUCCAGGUCGCUCCUCUCUGCUGCCUCCAAAGGCUCUCGUCUCUUCUCUGAAGGGCGAACCGUAGCUGCCGCUGCUACAGUGUCAUUGAGAGAAACGGUACCGUUUGUAGCUUCAAAUUACUGGAGGGCCGGUUAUGAGAAUACAUCCAGAGGAUGGAUUCAAGGAGCCCUUGCUAUUCCUGCGGCAGCUUACAUGCUUCAGGAGAAGGAGGCUCAUGCUGCUGAGCUAGAGCGCACUUUCAUUGCUAUCAAGCCUGAUGGAGUUCAAAGAGGGCUGAUUUCAGAAAUAAUAUCCCGUUUUGAAAGGAAAGGGUUUAAGCUCGUGGCCAUUAAAAUAGUGAUUCCUUCAAAGGAUUUUGCACAGAAGCAUUAUCACGAUCUGAAGGAAAGACCUUUCUUCAAUGGCCUAUGCGACUUCCUUAGCUCUGGCCCUGUUAUUGCAAUGGUGUGGGAAGGAGAGGGAGUGAUAAAGUACGGUCGAAAGCUGAUUGGAGCUACAGAUCCACAGAAGUCGGAACCUGGAACCAUCAGAGGUGAUCUAGCUGUGGUUCUUGGGAGAAACAUCAUCCAUGGGAGUGAUGGUCCAGAGACUGCCAAGGAUGAAAUCAAUUUGUGGUUCAAGUCAGAGGAGUUGGUUAGUUACACUAGCAAUGCAGAGAAGUGGAUCUAUGAAGACAACUGAUGCUGAAUUUUGCCUUUCUUUUCUUCAAGUGAGUUAGGAUCCACAUGAAGAGUGGGGGUUAAAUCAUAAUUGUUAGAAUAAAAAUGCUUUUUGUUGAGGUGAGUGAUAUCAUUGAUUUGCUUCGAAAAUAAUUGGCAGAUCUAAAAUUUUAGCAAUAAUGUUGUUUUCGUUGGACCCAAAUUACUAAAUAAUGUAGUCAUAUUAAUGCAUUCA